AACCUAAAUUUCCCGGCCUAGAUAUCUGCAAACUGGAUAGGCACGUGUGCAGAACUGCAAUCACAAAUACUGAGGUCUUCGUCAUCACGCCCUGCGUUCAUACCUAACGUUAACACCGACGACUGUAAAUGGUAGACGAGGAAGAAGCACGAAGCCAAGAAGAGCUUCACGGCGAUAGAUAGAUAGGACAUUGGAUUGACAACAUUUAUCAAUUACAAUCCAAUUGGAAGGCGAAGCCGAAGGCUUCACAGAGAGCAUGGCGAUGCGCGACCUGGUGACCGGCGGCGCCGCUUGUGCCGUCGAAGGCUCCUCUUCUUCGUCGAACCCUCUCGGCGCCCUGGCCAACGCUUUGAUCGGUUCUUCGUCGAAAACUCAGGAUAAGCUGAAGGAGAUUCCCACACCAACACCUGCUACUGGGGAUCCUAGUUAUUACUCAGGAACCAACGAGCCGUUGACUACACUCCCAGGGUCAGAGUUCGAUCAUCCACCUAGUGCCCAGGGUGCAGAAUUUUUCCAGGGUUUCCGUUCUGUAGGUCAGGGUGUUUGGGAUGAGAUACAAAAUCCUCAACUUCCUCGUUUUCAGGGAAGAGAUAGCCUAAUCAAUCUUCCUCCGAUUGAACAUGGAGUAAGAGUUCCUGGCAGGUCCCAGUUGGAUUUGGAUGGGCCACCACAAAGAGUGUUGUCUGGUUUUCUUCGUUCAUUUGUUAAUAGCAGCCAAGGUGGCAUUCCAUUUCAUCCUACUCCACUUCCAGUGUUGGGACUAUCUGAAGGUGACAAGCAAUGCAUACGUGAUCGCACAAGCAUCAUGGCUCGACAUUUCUUUGCUGACAAGAGUGAGGAUUUCAUCAAUGCACAGGUAAACGCAUUGUUAUCUUCAUUGGACAUCGAUAACAAUAUGCGGGCAAGGGGGCCUUUACCUGGGAGAUUCCAUGAGCUUGAAGAGUACUGGGGUGAGUCUCAAGGUAUGCUGAAACCUGUACCGCAUGCUGCAGAUGGAUGGGUUGAUGAAUUUGUGCAGCAGAGAGUAAAUCAUGGAGACCCUAAUUCUUGGGCUCAGUCAUUUGAACGACAGCAUGGUGCCAACGGUUGGGCUUCUGAAUUUGAGCAUGAACAAUCCCAGAUAGCAUCAAUGAAUCAAAUGGGAGGUGCAAAUAUUCCGAACUUAGCUGCCAUGGAGCAGACUCGUAUGCUAGCUCACACAUUAGCUCAAAAUAAUGACCCCAAGUUCCAGAAUUCGAAAUUCCUCCAGUUUGUGUCAAAGAUGAGUCGAGGUGAACUUAUUAUUGAGGAUAAUCAAGUCAAACCAACUGUAGUAUCUGCACCUGGAGAUUGGGCUGCAGAAUAUGAACAACAGUAUAAUGAGGGAGAUGCAUGGGCUGAUCAAUUCAUGCGCAAUGAGGUUCAGCACAUGGAACCUCCUAUGGCCAAUUUUCUCAACCUUCUGAAACUUUAUCUCAAGCCUUCUUACCAGACCACUCCUGGUUUGUUGAUUCUGGAGCAACAAACCUUAUCACAUCAAAUCUCAACAAUUAUAAUGGUUGUGAUAAAGUCUCCGUUGGUACUGAUUUCUCAUGGACCAGAUAGAUGGGCCAAUGAGUUUGCUAGGGAGCGCGAACAACGUGGAUCAGUUGAUGACCAGUGGGUCAAUGAAUUUUCGAAGUUGAAUGUUCAGGACUGGGCAGAAGAAUUUGGCAAUCAGGUUGGUGAAGGGGCAUUAGGGGAGAGUUCUGAUGACUGGACUCAUGCAUAUGAUGAGUAUUUAAAUGAACAAAUAGCUGCCAAGCAACAAUCAGAAAGGGGGGUAUAUCAGUUCUCUGACAUGAAUCCUUAUGUUGGUCACACCAAUCCAUUGAAAGAAGGCCAUGAACUGUUCCGGAAGGGGCUUUUGAGUGAAGCUGUACUUGCUCUUGAAGCUGAAGUUCUUAAAAAUCCUGACAAUGCUGAAGCUUGGAGGUUGCUUGGAAUAGCCCAUGCAGAGAAUGAUGACGAUGAACAGGCUAUUGCAGCCAUGAUGCGUGCACAGGAGGUUGAACCAACAAACCUGGAAGUACUUCUUGCUCUUGGCGUGAGUCAUACGAAUGAGUUAGAACAAGCAGCUGCAUUAAAGUACCUUUAUGGUUGGCUGCACCACCAUCCAAAGUAUGGGAAUCUCACCCCACCUGAGAUGUCUGAUUCUCCUUAUUUUGCUGAUGUUGCUAGAUUAUUUGUUGAUGCUGCUCAAAUGUCACCUGAGGAUGCUGAUUUACACAUAGUACUUGGCGUCUUGUAUAACUUAUCCAGAGAAUAUGAAAAAGCCAUUGAUUCCUUUAAGGCUGCUCUAAAACUCAAGCCACAAGAUUACUCUCUAUGGAACAAGCUUGGUGCAACACAAGCUAACAGUGUCCAGAGCGCUGAUGCAAUCCAGGCUUAUCAACAGGCACUAGAUUUGAAGCCUAAUUAUGUUCGUGCAUGGGCUAACAUGGGUAUUAGUUAUGCCAAUCAGGGUAUGUACGAGGAGUCCAUUCGUUACUACGUCCGAGCUCUUGCAAUGAAUCCAAAGGCGGAUAAUGCCUGGCAAUAUCUGAGAAUUUCUUUAAGCUGUGCUUCUCGGAAUGACAUGUUCGAAGCUUGCGACUCUAGGAAUCUUGAUAUCCUCCAGAAAGAGUUCCCUCUUUGAUGGGUUUCUGUCCUUUAACCCUUUUGGGGAUAUUGUCGGAUGAUGGACUUGGGAUUCCACGUCAGAGACGAGGCCCGGGUUUGGAAGCUUCUUUGUUCUAAGUGGUCUGCUGCAGGGAAAAAGCAAUCCGGGCUUAUUUUUAUGAUUCAAUCUUUAGCGAGUUCUUAUUCCCAAGUUCAAAAUUUACAUUCUUGGUUUCUCCACGUAAAGCGUUCCCAGCCUGAUUCAUCAUGGACAUGCUAGUGACUGUACAAAUUACCUUGUGGACAAUGUUGUUACAGAAAGGAAAAAGAAAGAGGCAGCAAUAACAAACUGUUUAUAGAGAAUAUUAUGAUUCUUUCUUUUUUUUUCUUCACCCCGUGGAUCUAUCAGUUGAGUUGAAAUAAUUGGGUUCAUGUUGUGGACUUA